UUGAGGAGCUUUGGAGUACAAGGACGGAGGAAAAGCUUUUAUUGGCUGCUGUAUUCGACACCGCACAUCCUCCCAUUGCACUUCCAGACCAGAGGAAGCCCUUCCCUUCACUGUCAUCAAGAUGAACUUGUCCUACUUGGUGGCUUGUGGACUUAUGGUCACGCUGCUUUCGGGGAGGAUGGGAGCGAAACCUUUAACUCAGGCACAGCAGAAGUCUCUGAGAAGUUUGCUCGGCGACGAGCUGACGGACCUCCUGGAGUCAGAGGAGCGGGACCGGCGGUUGGACGCCGUGCGCUCUCGGAUGCGCUUACUGCGAGAUUUACGCAUGGACACCCGCGCCAGAGGCAUGUGGGCUCGGCUCCUCAACGACCCGGCCGUGCCGAGGAGGCACAAAUCCGGGAGCAAGAAAGCCGGGUCCACGGCGCGGAGUGGCUGCUUUGGACACAAGAUGGACAGGAUAGGGACCAUCAGUGGCAUGGGUUGCUAGUGUUGGAACGCGCGCUUUUUUUUUUUUGGACGAUCUCCAGAGGAUGUGUAUGGAAACUUUUUGUUUUCACACAAGGGAGUUAAAAAAAAAACCUCACCAGACGGGACAGAUUUUUGGUACGAAAGUCACCAUGGCCAGCAUUAUUAGAGACUGAGAUGACAGGGCUAUACACAAGCCUCAUAUAAAUACAUGUAUAUGAUAAAUAUGCAGGUGUAUAUCCGUAGAUGUAUACCAUACAACUUUUUUCAGACGACGGUGUAAAAAAACAUUGACAAAACCGCAGAUCUGUAUAUUGUUUGCUGCUGCUGUAAAUCCAUGUACUUCAUCUUCCCCUGCAUAAAUGUAUUUAUGUUAAGAAACUAUUUAUAUGUUUAUAAAAAAAAAAGAGAUAUUUAUAAAUAUGUUUUAUUUAUGUAACUUUUUUUUUUUUUAAAGGACGCAAACUGCUGUUUGUAACUUUUUUCCGUUUGUCUCAAACAGUUGUAAAUGUUUUGAACAAUGAUAAAAAGAAUGUGCACUUAACAUGCUUCCAUGUUGUCCUUGCACAGGUAAAAAAAAAAAAAAAAAAAUUGGAGCGUAAAUGAGCUCAACCCUUUUAAGUAUAUCCAGGAUGAAAAAGUCCUGAGGGAGUUUUCAACAAGUUUUGGAUUCAUACAUUUUAGCACCUUUUUUUUUUUUUUUUUUAACGAAGUUUUUACUAGUCAACUCAGUACUAAAUAUAAAUAGCUAAAAUGUCAUGUUUUUUUCAUCGUAACCUAUCAAAUCCCCAUUUGCUUUAUUUCAGUCUUUUUAUUUUGAAAAUUGCAAAAAAAAAAAAAAAUAGGAAUGACCAUGCAUAUAGUCCAGCAGAAGAAGGGCGACCAGAGGGUGUGUUCCAACUAUCGUGGGAUCACACUCCUCAGCCUUGCCGGUAGGGUUUGUUCAGGUGUACUGGAGAGGAGGCUACGCCGGAUAGUCGAACCUCGGACACAGGAGGAACAGUCUGGUUUUCGUCUUGGUCAUGGAACUGUGGAACAGCUCUAUACUCUCGGCAGGGUUCUUGAGGGUGCAUGGGAGUUUGCCCAACCAGUUUACAUGUGCUUUGUGGACUUGGAGAAGGCAUUCGACCGUGUUCCUCGGGAAGUCCUGUGGGGAGUGCUCAGAGAGUAUGGGGUAUCGGACGGUCUGAUUGUUGCGGUCCGCUCCCUGUAUGAUCAGUGCCAGAGCUUGGUCCGCAUUGCCGGAAGUAAGUCAGACACGUUUCCAGUGAGGGUUGGACUCCGCCAAGGCUGUCCUUUGUCACCGAUUCUAUUCAUAACUUUUAUGGACAGAAUUUCUAGGCGCGGUCAAGGCGUUGAAGGGUUCCGGUUAGGGAUUAGGUCUCUGCUUUUUGCAGAUGAUGUGGUCCUGAUGGAUUCAUCUGGCUGGGAUCUUCAGCUCUCACUGGAUCGGUUCGAAGCCCAGUGUGAAGCGACCGGAAUGAGAAUCAGCACCUCCAAGUCCGAGUCCAUGGUUCUCGCCCGGAAAAUGUGGAGUGUCAUCUCCGGGUUGGGGAGGAGACCCUGCCCCAAGUGGAGGAGUUCAAGUACCUAGGAGUCUUGUUCACGAGUGAGGGAAGAGUGGAUCGUGAGAUCGACAGGCGGAUCGGUCUUCAGUAAUGCGGACGUUGUACCAAUCCGUUGUGGUGAAGAAGGAGCUGAGCCGGAAGGCAAAGCUCUCAAUUUACCGGUCGAUCUACGUUCCCAUCCUCACCUAUGGUCAUGAGCUUUGGGUCAUGACCCAAAGGAUAAGAUCACGGGUACAAGCGCCCGAAAUGAGUUUCCUCCGCCGUGUGGCGGGGCUCUCCCUUAGAGAUAGGGUGAGAAGCUCUGCCAUCCGGGAGGAACUCAAAGUAAAGCCGCUGCUCCUUCACAUCGAGAGGAGCCAGAUGAGGUGGUUCGGGCAUCUGGUCAAGAUGUCACCCAAACGCCUCCCUGGGUUGGUGUUUAGGGCACGUCCAACCGGUAGGAGGCCACGGGAAAGACCCAGGACACGUUGGGAAGACUAUGUCUCCCAGCUGGCCUGGGAACGCCUCGGGAUCCCCCGGGAAGAGCUAGACGAAGUGGCUGGGGAGAAGGAAGUCUGGGCUUCCCUGCUUAGGCUGCUGCCCCCGCGACCCAACCUCGGAUAAGCGGAAGAAGAUGGAUGGAUGGAUGGAUGGAUAGUCCAGGGGUGUCAAACUAAUUUUAGAUGGGGGGACACAUGGAAAAGAAUCUCCUCCCAAAUGGGCUGGACUGGUAAAAUCACGGCACGAUAACUUAAAACUAAAGACAACUUCACAUUGUUUUCUUUGUUUAAAAAUAGAACAAGCACAUUCUGAAAAUGUACCAAUCAUAACGUUGUUGGGUUUUUUUUACACUUGUAUGUUGCGGUUAAUAGUAUUCUAUCUUUAUUUGUUGUUAUUUAUAAUUUGUGAAUAAACGAUGUGAAAAUGUUCA